GUGUGUGUGUCAGCGGGUUGGUUGGGCUUGUGUUUACAGCUCGGCUGGAUGCUGUUGGCUGCUGAUGUUAUUGGGAAAGUGCAAUGUUGUGCCAACCGCCAUUGGAAUAAACACAACCGUGGGAAUAAAGGUGAUUUUGCUCAUCAUCUCCCACCACUUCCUCCUCCCGUCUUCCAUUCAUGAGCAGCGUGGCUGAGUUUAACAGCGGCAGCCAUGGAUGACAAGGGCUCGGUGGGGAAGAUUAGCGUGUCUUCGGACUCAGUGUCCACUCUCAACAGUGAGGACUUUGUCCUUGUGUCCCGGCUGGGGGACGAGACACCCUCCUCCACUAAUAAUGGUAGUGAUGACGAAAAGACAGGACUGAAGGUGAUUUCUGAGGAAGGGGUCAGCUUUAAGAUUGUGGGGAAUGGAAGUGAGCAGCAGCUCCAGAGGGAGUUAGAGGAUGUCCUCAUGGACCCGUCGGUAGCUGACACCGGGCUCGGAUCAGAAGCAGGAUUGGACAGCUUUGGAGCGGGUGACCAUGGCCUUCUUCAGACUACAGCGUCACCUGUAGCGCCAGGCUCCGACCCUCUGAGCGCACCGCCGCCCAAGUUGGAGAUGGUGCUUCCUGUUCAGACGGCUCAGGAGAGCGAGCUGAAUGAGAGGUCGUACCGAGCAGAUGAAUCAUCCUCAGAUGGCAGUCCUAGCAGUCCUAUCCCAGAUGAGGAUAGCGUUGUGUUCAGCCAGCUGACAUAUCUGGGAUGUGCCUCUGUCAACGCCCCCCGCAGUGAGGUGGAGGCGCUCCGUAUGAUGAGUAUCCUCAGAGGGCAGUGCCAGGUCCCUCUGGAUGUCACACUGUCAGUGCCAGGCGUGUCCGAAGGCACCGUCAGGUUGCUGGAUCCCAACGCCAGUACGGAGAUCGCCAACUACCCUAUCUAUAAGAUUCUGUUCUGUGUGCGAGGCCAUGAUGGCACACCAGAGAGCGACUGCUUUGCCUUCACCGAGAGCCACUACAAUGCUGAGAUCUUCAGGAUCCAUGUGUUCCGCUGCCAAAUCCAAGAAGCGGUGAGUAGGAUACUGUACAGCUUUGCCACGGCGUUUCGGCGGUCAGCUAAGAAGGCAGUUCUGUCGUCUCAGCAAGCUGCUCCGCUCACCCCUGACAGUGACUUGUUUACCUUCACCGUCAGCCUGGAAAUCAGAGAGGAUGAUGGCAAGGGUACCUUCAGUGCUGUAGCAAAAGACAAGGACAAGCAGAGCUUCAAGCUGCGUGCAGGAAUGGACAAGAAAAUUGUAAUUUAUGUCCAGCAGACCUCCAAUAAGGAACUGGCCAUUGAGAGGUGUUUCGGUCUCCUGCUCAGCCCAGGGAAAAAUGUGAAGAACAGUGACAUGCACCUGCUAGACCUGGAGUCAAUGGGAAAGAGCUCCGACGGGAAGUCUUACAUCAUCACAGGAAGUUGGAACCCCAACACGCCUCAGUUUCAGGCUGUGAAUGAGGAAACGCCCAAAGAUAAAUUCAUGUACAUGACGACAGCAGUGGACCUGGUGAUUACAGAGGUAGAGGAGCCAGUCCGUUUUCUGCUGGAGACUAGGGUCAGAGUGUGCUCCCCAAAUGACAGACUGUUCUGGCCCUUCAGCAAGCGUAACUACACUGAGACCUUCUACCUUAAACUACGACAGAUGGAGCGUAAGGAGCGGAAGAGUCCUGCCUCUGACACACUUUAUGAGGUGCUGAGUUUGGAAAGUGAGACAGAGAGAGAGAAACGGAAGACCACAGCCAGUCCUGGCAUCCUGCCCACCGGAGCUGGCACCUUGGUUCCUUCACCCCCUGAGGAUGAUGAAGAGGAAGAUAACGAUGAGCCGUUGCUCAGUGGGUCAGGUGACGUUUCCAAGGAGUGCGCAGAGAAAAUCCUGGAGACCUGGGGAGACUUGUUAUCCAAGUGGCAUUUGAACUUAUCAGUUCGUCCCAGGCAGCUGCCAGCAUUGGUGCGCAGUGGCAUUCCCGAGGCUCUCCGUGGGGAGGUGUGGCAGCUCUUGGCAGGCUGCCAUAACAAUGACCACCAAGUAGAAGAGUACCGCACUCUUAUUACAAAGGAGUCCCCUCAGGACAGUGCCAUCACCAGGGACAUUAACAGGACAUUCCCAGCUCAUGACUACUUCAAAGACACUGGAGGAGACGGACAAGACUCCCUCUACAAGAUCUGCAAGGCUUACUCUGUUUAUGAUGAAGAGAUUGGUUACUGCCAGGGACAAUCCUUCUUGGCUGCAGUGCUGCUGCUGCACAUGCCAGAGGAGCAAGCUUUCAGCGUGCUGGUCAAGAUCAUGUUUGAUUACGGGCUCAGGGACCUUUUCAAGCAGAACUUUGAAGAUCUGCAUUGCAAGUUCUUCCAACUUGAGAGACUCAUGCAGGAAUAUUUACCAGACCUGUACAACCAUUUCCUGAAUGUGGGUCUGGAGGCUCAUAUGUAUGCCUCUCAGUGGUUCCUCACCCUCUUCACAGCCAAGUUCCCUCUUUACAUGGUCUUCCAUAUCAUUGACCUGCUACUGUGUGAGGGCAUCAGUGUGAUCUUCAAUGUAGCCUUGGCACUUCUGAAGACAUCGAAAGACGACCUGAUCCAAACAGACUUUGAGGGUGCACUCAAAUUCUUUCGUGUCCCGGUUCCGAAGAGGUAUCGUUCUGAGGAAAAUGCGAAGAAACUAAUGGAGCUGGCCUGUAGCAUGAAGAUCAGCCAGAAAAAGCUGAAGAAAUUCGAGAAGGAGUACCACACUAUAAGGGAGCAGCAGGAGCAACAGGAGGCCCCCAUCGAGAGAUAUGAGCGGGAGAACCGUCGUUUGCAAGAGGCUAACAUGCGUCUGGAGCAAGAGAACGACGACCUGGCACACGAACUAGUCAGCAGCAAGAUCGCUCUGCGCAAAGACCUCGACAACGCUGAGGAAAAGGCAGACGCCCUGAAUAAAGAGUUGCUGCUGACCAAACAGAAACUGGUGGACUCUGAGGAUGAGAAGAGACGGCUGGAGGAAGAGUCUGCACAGCUGAAGGAGAUGUGCAGACGAGAGCUUGAUAAAUCUGAAUCGGAGAUUAAGAAGAACGGCUCCAUUAUUGGAGAAUAUAAGCAGAUCUGCUCCCAGCUGAGUGAACGACUGGAGAAACAACAGACGGCCAACCGAGGAGAACUGGAGAAAAUCCGGUCCAAAGUGGAAGGCUGUGAGAAGUGCAGUAGUCUUUUCAACAAAGAGGGUCGCGUGCGGGCCGCUGUGACCACGGUGCCCGCUGGGGGGACUGAGGAGACAGACGAGGAGAAGGAGGGUUUGAAGAACCAGCUGAGAGAAAUGGAGCUGGAACUAGCCCAAACCAAACUGCAGCUGGUGGAGGCUGAGUGCAAAAUCCAGGACCUGGAGCACCACCUGGGUCUGGCCCUCAACGAGGUGCAGGCUGCCAAGAAGACCUGGUUCAACCGAACGCUCAGCUCCAUUAAGACCGUCACUGGGACCCAGGGCAAGGAGACCACCUAAUCUGAUAACCCCGUCAUCCAGUUCAACCCAGACCAUGUCUGGAGUUCAGUGCAACUCACCACGCUGAAACCUCUGGAUGCCUCACUUAACCCACUGGGCCAUAACUUUAACUUGAACAUUGAUCGUUAAAUCCCAGGAUGACCAUUACUACAGACUGUGUUACUUGUUCCUCUUAUCAAAAAUGUCCUUGUGUUUCCCUGUUCCCACCCUUUCUGAUCUAAUCACCCCCAUUCAUCUCCUCCCCUCUCCAACCCGAAUGACUACGGCCGCCUGUGCUGAUGAGAAGGGGUUGAAAAGCAUUAGAUGAAGUACAAUGGUACCACUUUCCCCAGAGAAACAAUGUGCUUCCACCGGUCACAGAAAAAAAAAGAAGAAAAACGUUAAAAAAUGAGAAAUGCUUCAUUUAUUUCUGUCUUUGUACUGCUGAUAUUAAAGACCCGCAGAAGGAAGGUAGGACAUAUGAACUGCAACUGUCCUGAUGGGAUAGAGAAAACACUCCGUCCUUCCUGACUCUUCUGCGUGCUCCCCUCUAAACUACUGGCACAAACCAACCAGUCCCUGUAAAACUUUUGUUUUAGGUACGAGAGCUAAUAGACGCCUUUUCAAAACUGAGCUUUUUCUAAUUUACGUUGAACAAUACCUUUCUUUUUCUAUGUAUGUACAUGAAUGUGCUUAUGUAAAGAGGAUACGUGUGUUUAAGUGUGCAUGUUUUUUUGUUUUUUUUGUUUUGUGCUGACUGUGAGGUGUUUGUGUGUGUGUGUGUGUGUGUGUGUGUGUGUGUGUGUGUGUGUGUGUGUGUGUGUGUGUGUGUGUGUGUGUGUGUGUGUGUG